CGUCCAUCAAAGUCAGACCGCCUUCUCCACCUGACUUCGGAAGACGUUAACCCCCUCAAGUCUCCUUUUCUCUCACUCAUCCUUCCUUUAUUCUAGAGAGAGAAACUAAUCUUUCUAGAGAGAGAAAAACAAACUCAAGAACAAUUUCUACCCUUAAGCUUGUUGCUGCUAGUUGAAUCUAUUCUGGGGUGCAUCGUCCCCAUUGAUGUUUCCAAGUAAAGAUUUUCAACUUUUCAAGCAUAGAGCAAAUGCCAUCACUAAGGAUGAAGAUGAAGUCAAGUGUGUGUUGUGUGAAAGAGAAAAACUGUCUACGUGUUUGUCACAAGUCAAAUACAAUAUCCAAAAGGUCCCAUGUCAAGACUUCUCAGAUGGCAGAUGAUGCUGACACUUGCUGUCAGAGCUGCCCUGAAGUGUCUCCAAGCAGUGGAUCAAAUAAUCAAGACACUGGAGCUACCAACUCCGAUGAAUGGCAAAGCUGUGAAGACAUCUUCAAACAGCUAGCUACCUCUUUCAAUGAUUCUGCAGUGACUGAGGGAAUGGAAUUACCCCAGUCUCAUGCUCCACAAAUUUUGGAACAAUUUUUUCCCCCACUUUCUAUCAAUUCGAUGUUCGGGAUAUACCUAAUUCUUACUAUAACGCAGGAGUCAAUAUAGAUUCAGAUCCAUUUCAAUUUAGCAUGGCAGAAGAAAGUGAUGGUAAUAGUGGAAGUUCAUCUGACUAUCGAACUUGCAACAUUUCAGAUUUCUACAUUUCGGACAUGAUUCUUGCAGGUUCAACAUUUGAUGGGAGUUUCAUGUGUGAUAACAUUGCUGAGAAGCUCACAAUUCCUGCGCAUGAGGUUGCAGACUCUAAUGUCUUCUUUGAUGGUACUGAACGACACAUGACUUUGCCCUUACUUAGUGAUUCUGCGGAAUUGAGCGAAAUACUCCAUUCACGACCAUCUGAAGAAGCAAAAAUGGACUCUGAUGAUUCAAGCUUUUUGUUAGCUAUUCAUCAGAUUCGUCCUGGUGAACAAGAAGCAGAUCAUAGAUCUUGUGAUGAUUCCGAUGAGGCACAGUAUUUUGAUCCUCAUUCAUUCAUUAGAAACUUGCCUGACUUAUCAGAGGUUGUGCCUAGUACUCGGCCUACUAUUUUGCCAAAAGAAUCAUGGGAAAAAAAGCCCGUUACUUUGGUUCUUGAUUUAGACGAAACCCUUGUCCAUAGUACAUUGGAUCAUUGUGAGGAUGCAGAUUUUACCUUUACAGUUUUCUUCAACAUGAAAGCUCAUACUGUGUAUGUGAAAGAAAGGCCUCACCUUCGGUCUUUCUUGAAGAAAGUGGCAGAGAUGUUUGAAAUUAUUGUUUUCACUGCUAGUCAAAGUAUAUAUGCAGAACAACUUUUGGAUAUACUGGAUCCUGAUGGGAAGCUCAUCUCUGGUCGAGUUUAUCGGGAAUCAUGCAUUUUCUCCGACGGAAGCUAUACUAAAGACUUGACAGUGUUAGGUCUUGACCUUGCUAAGGUUAUGAUUGUAGAUAACUCUCCUCAGGUUUUCAGGUUACAAGUAAAUAAUGGAAUUCCAAUAAAGAGCUGGUUUGAUGACCCAUCAGACAACGAGCUUAUGACAUUAGUUCCUUUCCUGGAGACCUUGGCUGACGUCAAUGAUGUGCGCCCUCUUAUUGCAAAGAGAUUCGGUAACAAGGAAUAAAAUCCCCUUGUUCUCUCUUUAUAUUUGAGUUCAUCGCUGAUUAACUCUUUCAUCAACCAUUUUUGCAAAAGCAAGCACCAGUCAGAUGCUCCAUUCUCAUUUAUCUUUCUUGCUAUAAUUUCGUAAAGUAAUUAGGUUUAUGCUUGAGGUAGGUUUACUGUCUGUCAUUCCUUUCUUCUCCUGGCUAACAACCUGUGUUAUAUGAUUGAUUCCCAAGGUAGUUCCAGGAACUCUUUUUAAUUAUGUUCUUGUACAGAUAAGGAUGCUAUUAUUUUGCUUGAAUUUGUAAAUAAUUUGGAAGUAUUCUAUAGUCCUUUAUGAACCAUUAAAAAUCAUUGAUAGAAAUGCCUAAAGAUGAUUUUUUUGGGUAUGAUUGAAAUUAAAUCAAACAUGGAUAUCAUUUUGAUUCAAAAUAGUGAUGAAAUGGUGGCUCAAAUGGUCAUAUGUAUUUGUUUUAAUUUCAAUAAUAAGGCAGCACAAUAUAUUGAAGUGGUCUUUGCUUGGAAAAUAUUUGAACAUAGCUUCCCUCCAUUAACCUUUGGGAUGCAGUUUUGUUUAUGUACAUGCCCAUUCCCACCAUCCAUUAGUCUUGCCAAAAGAAGGGGGCGGGGGGGGGGGGGGGAGUUGAAAUAAUGUAAGUAAAAUGUAGGCUAAAGAUACAUGGAAGAACAUAGAGAGCGCACAACACUAGUCUUGCCAAAAAAAAAAAAAGAAAAGAAAAAAAAAAAGGAAAGAAAAAAAGAAAAAAAACAAAAA